GUGCAAAAAUUGAAACUGCUCUUGACCGCCACCUUGCCGCCGGACAUAUCUGAUAUCAAUAAAUCAACCAUUCUGUCAGUUUCGAUGAGUGUGCUGGCCGCGCAAAAGCCAGCGGCCAUGACCUCCCAUUAGAGUUAGUGGAUGAGAUUAUCCAAAAUACUCGCGACGAUGCGAUGUCCCUGCCCGUCGCGUCGCUCGUUUCCAAAGCCUGGUGCCCCGCGUCCCUUUGCUACCUCUUUUCAGUGGCGGAUUUCUCCCUGGAAGCAAAUUUCAACCGUUGGCGCAACAUUGGCGCGUCAAUGGCAUAUAUCUCGUUCUAUGUCCGAAAGGUCAACUUCGAACCUGGAGGCCGUUUCAGAGAGCAAAGAAUCCGCGAGCUGAAGGCAAAAUAUUUCGGAGACGACAACAAGACCGAUAUUAUGCUCGAAUUUCUCUUGCAGGAACACGAAUACCAGGCUCCACCCCCUAACGUUCGUCUUCCCCUUAUGCCCCGAGCAACCAAGUUCUUGUGGUCCAACAUGAUGACCCAUCCCAUUCGCUGGACGUCUGAAACGAAAUAGUUCCUCUCCACUUUCCCAGCAAUCACCGAGCUUGAUUUCCAGGGUGUUUUGAAGCCAAGCAGUUUCUCAGCAUGUUCAAGCACAUCCAGCUCUUUAAAACGGCUUCUAUCGAUAUUGAAUGUGUUUCUGAAAAUGCAGGCGCUUUCACAGGAGACAUGACAGACCUCCGGACCUUAUCCCUU